AUGAAGCACACAACCGGAUCCUCUGGUGAGCUCCAAGUUUCAUUUCGCAGGUUGUUGGGAAGCUGCAGAUCCAUUCAAACAAACCAUUCAUUCGCAAUGGCCGACAUUAAGAACUUCCUCUAUGCCUGGUGUGGGAAGAAGAAAAAGACCCCCAGCUAUGACAUCAGGACUGCUGGCAACAAGAACAGGCAGAAGUUUGUGUGCGAGGUGCGUGUGGAUGGCUAUAACUACACAGGAAUGGGGAACUCCACUAAUAAGAAAGAUGCUCAGUCCAAUGCAGCCAGAGACUUUGUGAAUUACCUGGUCCGGAUGGGAGAGAUGAAUGCUGCUGAAGUCCCAGCCGCAGGGAUGGCGGUUCCGGAGUUGGCUCAGACUGAUGGCGCUGGAGCUGGUUCGGGCGAUGGCUUUGGAACCCUACCCUCCAGUGGCCCCCUGCCCCCCCACCUGGUGGUGAAAGCUGAACAAGGUGACCACGCAUCAUCACAAGUGGAGCCUGGUGGAAGUAUGCCCAUCCCGGGGGUCACAGGACUGGGCUAUUCUGCUGCCAGGGGAGACCAGGGAUUUGGUCCUGGUCCUGGGUAUGGAGACGGAGGUGGGGGUGCCCAGUGGGAGGCCGGAGCCAACCUGAAGGAGUACUACGCCCGCAGAGACGAGCAAGAUGCCCAGGCGACCCUAGAGUCGGAGGAGGUCGACCUGAAUGCAAAUCUCCAUGGAAACUGGACCCUCGAGAACGCCAAAGCUCGGCUCAACCAGUAUUUCCAAAAGGAAAAAAUGAGUGCCGAGUACAAGUACAGCCAAGUGGGGCCGGAUCAUAACAGGAGCUUCAUUGCUGAGAUGCAGCUGUUUGUGAGGCAGCUUGGCAGAAAGGUCACAGCUCGAGAACACGGCUCAAACAAGAAGCUGGCGGCGCAGUCUUGUGCCCUGUCCCUGGUGCGACAGCUUUACCAUCUGAACGUGAUCGAACCCUUUUCUGGAGUGUCGAAGAAGAAGGAGGGAGAAACGUUGGAACCAUUCGAUGUGACCAUUUCUCCUGAUUUGGAGCAGCAGUUGGCGAGUGUCGUCCAAGAGUUGAGCAUCACUAUUCCACCCCCAUCCUCAGUCCCUGGUGAGGCGGUGUCUCUGCUCCAGGCGAAGAUGGCAGCGUUUGAACCAUCUCAGAGACAGAGCACAGCUGGAGUGGUCCCCUGGUCUCCGCCUCAGAUCAACUGGAACCCAUGGACCAGCAGCAACAUCGACGAGGGGCCGCUCGCCUUUUGCACUCCAGAGCAGAUCAGUAAUGACCUGUAUAAUGAGCUCACACAGCGGCUGCAGCAAGAUACGGAUCUGCAAAAGAGUCUGGCGGACCGUGAUCAGCUCCCUGUGAAGCAUUUUGAGUCAGAGAUCAUGAGCGCUCUGGAGACCAACUCUGUGGUGAUUAUCAGAGGAGCCACUGGCUGUGGGAAAACCACACAGGUCCCACAGUACAUUCUGGACAGUUUCAUCAAGGCAGGCCGCGCUUCCGACUGUAACAUCGUGGUCACACAGCCUCGCAGGAUCAGUGCUGUGUCUGUGGCCGAGAGAGUGGCCUGUGAGCGAGCAGAGGAUUUGGGAAAGAGCUGUGGAUACAGCGUUCGCUUCGAGUCCAUUCUCCCUCGUCCUCAUGCGAGUAUCAUGUUCUGCACUGUCGGUGUGCUGCUGAGAAAGCUUGAGGCUGGGAUCCGAGGCAUCAGUCACGUGAUUGUUGAUGAAAUCCAUGAGCGAGACAUAAACACGGACUUCCUGAUGGUGGUCCUCAGAGACGUGGUCCAGGCUUACCCCGAGGUCCGCGUCAUCUUGAUGUCCGCCACCAUCGACACCACCAUGUUCAGGGAGUACUUCUUCAACUGCCCCGUCAUCGAGGUGUUCGGGCGCACGUUCCAGGUCCAAGAGUAUUUUCUUGAAGACUGCAUUCAGAUGACAAAUUUUGUGCCGCCUCCAAAUGACCGCAAGAAAAAGGACAAGGAUGAAGAGGGCGGAGAGGAUGAUGUCAACUGUAACGUCAUCUGCGGCCCCGAGUACAGCCCCGAAACGAAGCGCUCCAUGGCUCUGAUCAACGAGAAGGAGACGUCCUUCGAGCUGGUGGAGGCUCUGCUGCGCUACGUGGAGACCCUGAAGGUGGCCGGAGCCGUGCUGGUCUUUCUCCCCGGAUGGAACCUGAUCUAUGCCAUGCAGCGGCACCUGGAGAUGCACCCACACUUUGGCAGUAACCGCUACCGCGUUCUGCCUCUGCAUUCUCAAGUCCCCCGAGAGGAGCAGCGCCGGGUGUUUGAGCCGGUGCCCGAUAACGUCACAAAGGUGAUUCUCUCCACAAAUAUCGCAGAAACCAGCAUAACCAUCAACGAUGUGGUGUACGUCAUCGACUCCUGCAAGCAGAAGGUGAAACUCUUUACGUCUCACAACAACAUGACAAACUACGCUACCGUGUGGGCCUCCAAGACCAACCUGGAGCAGCGCAAAGGGCGAGCGGGCCGAGUCCGGGCCGGCUUCUGCUUCCACCUGUGCAGCCGCGCUCGCUUUGACCGGCUGGAGACUCACAUGACUCCAGAGAUUUUCCGAACCCCUUUGCAUGAAGUGGCCCUCAGCAUCAAACUGCUGCGACUCGGAGCCAUCGGGCACUUCCUGUCUAAGGCUAUCGAACCCCCGCCUUUAGACGCCGUGAUCGAAGCGGAGCACACACUGAGAGAGCUGGACGCCUUAGACUUAAACGAUGAGCUCACGCCUUUGGGCCGAAUCCUGGCUCGACUCCCCAUCGAACCCCGGCUCGGCAAAAUGAUGAUCAUCGGCUGCAUCUUUCAUGUUGGAGACGCCAUGUGCACCAUCUCGGCCGCCUCCUGUUUCCCGGAGCCUUUCAUCAACGAAGGGAAGCGUCUGGGGUUCAUGCACAGAAACUUUGCAGGAAGCCGCUUCUCCGACCACGUGGCUCUGCUGUCUGUGUUCCAGACCUGGGACGAAGUCAGGAUUAACGGAGAGGACGCCGAGAUUCGCUUCUGUGAGCACAAACGUCUCAACAUGCCCACUCUGAGGAUGACCUGGGAGGCCAAAGUGCAGCUCAAAGACAUCCUGAUCAAUGCUGGCUUUCCUGAAGAGUGUCUUCUAACGCAGUCGUUCAACACCAUGGGCCCAGACAACAGCUUGGACGUGGUCAUCUCUCUGGUUACGUUUGGCUCUUAUCCCAACGUGUGCUAUCACAAAGAGAAGCGCAAGAUCCUCACCACGGAAGGCCGCAACGCUCUCAUUCACAAAACGUCUGUCAACUGUCCCUUCAGCAACCACGACCUGUCCUACCCCUCGCCCUUCUUUGUGUUCAGUGAGAAGAUUCGGACUCGAGCCAUUUCCGCUAAAGGCAUGACUCUGGUCAGCCCUCUGCAGCUGCUCCUGUUUGGAUGUAAAAAGAUCACUUCUAACGGAGACUUUGUGGAGCUGGACGAUUGGAUAAAGCUGCGCAUCUCCCAUGAUGUGGCUGGGGGGAUCUUAGCCCUGCGAGCGGCUCUGGAGGCACAGGUCGUGGAGGUGACUAAAGACCCAGAGUACAUCAGACAGAUGGACCCCACCACACAGCGCCUCAUCAACCUCAUCCGCCAGAUCUCCAACCCCACAGCCGUCGGGAUGAACAUGAUGAAGAGCCAAACCAGGUCGGGAGACGGCCCACCCCCACCCAAAAUGUCUCGCUACGAUGGAGGCGGCGGCGGCGGCGGCGGCGGCUACAGGGGAGGAUACCGAGGAGGCUACGGCGGAGGAGGGGGAGGAUACAGAGGAGGCUACGGUGGAGGAGGAGGGGGAGGAUACCGAGGAGGUUAUGGAGGAGGAGGAGGGGGAGGGUACCGAGGAGGCUAUGGGGGAGGUGGAGGCGGAGGAGGCGGCUUCCGGGGAGGGUACAGAGGAGGCUCUGGGGGGUACGGGGGAGGCAGCACUUGGAGGUAA